AAAUUUAUCCAUAAUGCCCUCGUUUUGUACGGACUAUGAACACAAAAUUAGAUCCGAACUUGGAACUUGUAGUCUCACACCCGAAUCCGACUUGUUUACAAAUUGAAUCAGUGCCUUCAUAACUGUCCAUUUCCUCCGAAGCCCUGGACUCCACUCUCGCCGUGUUCCCCCAGAAACCCUAGAAAAACCCUCACACCUCCACAUAUCCGGGCUACUGGAAGUCGGGGCAGAACUCUGGCCAUCUCUCUCCUAUCUCUUCUGCUAUCCCCACACCAUCCAUCACAUUCUCUCUUCUGCUCCGAAACGAGCCCAAUACGUUCCAAAGAUGUCGAUGUCCAAGAGCUCCAAGAUGCUCCAAUAUAUCAAUUACCGCAUGCGCGUCACGAUUCAGGACGGCCGCCAACUAGUGGGCAAGUUCAUGGCCUUCGACCGCCACAUGAACCUUGUCAUUGGCGACUGCGAGGAGUUCCGGAAACUGCCCCCGGCCAAGGGUAAGAAGAAUGAAGAACGAGAGGAUCGUAGAACCUUAGGUUUGGUUCUCCUAAGGGGUGAAGAGGUGAUCUCUAUGACGGUGGAAGGUCCUCCCCCUCCGGAUGAGUCUCGUGCCAAAGCUGCUGGUGCUGCUGCAGCGGCAGGUCCCGGAAUUGGGAGAGCUGCUGGGAGGGGGAUUCCAACUGCACCAUUGAUUCAGGCUCAGCCUGGUUUGGCUGGGCCAGUUCGUGGUGUUGGGGGGCCUGCGCCCGGCAUGAUGCAGCCACAGAUCUCUCGCCCUCCGGUGCCUCAAGUGUCGGCCCCACCCAUUUCCUAUCCUGCUCCAGUGAUCCGACCACCCGGGCAGAUGCCUCCAUUCCCUGGCCAGCCUGGGCAAGCUCCACCACCAAUGGCACGUGGUCCACCCCCUCCUGGCCCUCCACAGUAUGCAGCUGCAAGGCCAGGUGGGGCACCACCUGUGUUCCAGGUGCCGCCACAGUUUGGACAGCGCUCAAUGGUCCCUCCACCACCAAUGAUGAGAGGACCGCCACCUGCACCGCGACCAGGAAUGCCAGCCCCUCCUCCUCGGCCAGGGAUGCCUCCUCCACCUGGUGGCGUUCCAGUUUUUGGUCCUCCUCGUCCAGGCAUGCAACCGCCCCCAAAUCCUCAGCAGCAGCAACAGAAUCAGCAGCAGUAGGGAUUUGGCAGUCUUAUCCCUCUGGGUAAACCCUAAUUCUAGGAAGAAAACUAGUCUUCAGCCUCAGGUUUGGCCUAAAGCUCAGACAAUCAUUUGGUACCUUGUGUUUGUAGCAGCCAUUUUUUUUUUAGUGGUUUAGUGGCAUUAUGAAGUUUUUCAUCUGGAUUUUCAUAUUGUAGUGCUGCAAUAUCUGGCUCAAAUUUGCUGGCAGUUGAUUAUUAGAGUGGAACUCGCGGCAUUAGGCCUUUUGAUUUGGUGAACUCGCACUAUGGACGUGAAUGUAUAUUUUUUUAUCAAUGCAGGUUUUUUUUUUGUACUGGAUUUAA